AUGCGGAACUGGAGCGUCGCUCCCCCACACUACGUUGGGAACGCGCGCUUCGUCUGCAUCUGCGUCGACCGCUCGGCACAACGUAGAGCCAAAGAGUUCCAAGAUCUCUACUUUGACGGUGGAAAAGUAUUGAACACCUUCAUCGAUUGCAGGGAAGACUUUCCGACGUUCCAGGCGCAGCUCGGGUGCCAGGGCCUGAUCGUGCUGGACGCCAACGGGAUCUUCGCGACGUCCAAAUCCCCGCCGUUCCUCCAGUUCAGAGGUCAAGCCUUCGAGUACGUCGAGAAACUUCUGCGGCAACUAGCCAAGGAAGAGUCGCACUCGGUUGACAAGGAGGGAGGAUCGUUGGAAGCGCAGGCGCCGAUGAGACCCCCGCCCGCGGUUGCCUGCUGCGACGGCAGCUGUGCGCGGACGACUGAUGACACCGACGCCGUAGCACCGCAGUCGUACGAUCUGCCAUCGACCGGCCACGAUGCUAUGGACGCGGAGCACGCCGAGCUAACAGCCGCCAUGAUCGCUGCCACAAGCUUGAGCACCCUGGCGGCGGUCACGACGCUACGCGAUAUCUUCGCGGCACACGCCUCACACGAGGAGCGAUUGAUGCGCGACUCGUUGUUCGGAGAGUCGCACCACGCCGAGUUCUCGGUGGUGGAGUCUCACGCCAAGGACCACGCCGCCAUCUGCGACGCGGCAACGCAUGCGAUGAAAGAGGCUGACGUUGACGGAAUCGUGCAAAAGGCUUCGGUGCGUGCGCUGUGCGCGCGUAUUGUGGAACACGCGGAGAUGUACGAUGCCCUGUACGAAGGACGCCUGGCCGUGGCCAUGUAA